AUGCUCGCGCGGGGUGGGUGGUGGUCGGUGGCCUCAACCCGGCCGUACGUGUCGGGCGACAAGGUCGAGUCCCUCCGGCGGGCCGCGUCGACCGCUGCGGCGCCGCCACAGGGCGCCGCCGAGGUGCCGCGGAGACCCUCCGCCGACAGCAGCACGCGCAGGCUGCACGAGAGCCAGCUGGCGCUCAUGACCACCAUCGACGAGCUCAGGGCCGACCUCCAGCAAGCCCAGCGCCGCGCCGCCGAAGCCGAGCGGGGCCGCGAGGAACUCAGUGCCGAGCUGGGCCGCCUGCGCCUGGAGCCGGAGUCCGCCUCCGCCUCGUCCACGGGCUCGCCAGCCAGCGCGCGCCUGCGCGGGGAGCUGCAGGAGGCGAGGCGCGGACUGGAGCAGAAGAGAAAGGAGGUGCUCAGACUGGAAGACGAUUCGCUGAAGCUGCGGGAGGAGCUGAACACCGAGAAGCAGAAGGUUCUGGAGCUGAAGAAGGAUGGCCACAGACGGAAGACUCUCGUGCAGGAGGAGCUGGGCAAACUGACCGACGAGCUGGGGGCCAAAGAGAUGCUGGAGGAGGAGGUCAGGCGCCUCCGUACCGAGAGCGCGCGCUACCGCAGGGGCCUGGAGCAGGCCAGCAGCCAGGCGGAGAGGCUGCAGCGCGAGCUCGACGAGGCGAGGGCGGCCAAGACUGGGGCCACGAGGCUCGUCUCGGAGAGCCACCACCAAAUGGACAUGCUGUCCAGCAGCCUCUCCGGCCAGCUGAUGGCCGUGGAGUCGGAGCUGCGCGAGCAGACGCAGAAGACCUCUCAGCUCCUGGAGCUCUUCCUGCAGCACUCCCAGACCCCGAUGCAGAGGAUGAGGCGCAGCUGCAGGCGCAUUGCCAUGUCUGGGGAGGCGGGGGACCCCGAGGCCGAUCCGUGGCUCAAGCAGGUGCCCCCGAUCUUCGAGACCGACGUCCACCACCUCCAGGACAAUCUCGUUCUUAUGGUGAAUCUGAUUCGCUACCUCGCUGACGUGCACGAGGCGCGCGACAACCUGCUGUCACCUGGCUCCCAAUCUCACGCGGGCGCGACCUACUCGGAGCGCGCAGGUGCACGCCCCUCGCAGCGGGAGCACUCCAUUGUGUCGCAGCUCGAAGACACGGUUACCGGCUUCGCCACGAAGUGGCUGCAGUCCGGCAUGUGAUCUGCACCUCGUAGUGCAGUGGAGCUGGUUCGCUCUGGCGGGGCUUGCCAUGGUGCAGCGUCGCCAUGGUAGAGUGGUGUCGCGGUCGAACCGUCUUGUGGCAGGGGGACAGUGUAGUGGGUGUGGGAGCAGAGCAGAA